AUGAAGCUCUGCAGCACAGGCUUGAUGUUUAUCUCGAUCUUGCUCACAGCGAGCCAUGCUGCACCUGUGGAUCGGGCUGCCCGCUCUGUGGAUGUGACGUCUAACUACGAUCGUGCUGUGGAUGUCUCAUCGAAUUAUGACCGAGCUGUGGAUGUCACAUCGAACUAUGACCGAGCUGUGGAUAUGACUGCGAACUACGACCGGGCUGUGGAGGUCACCGCCAACUAUGACCGGGCUGUGGACAUAAGUUCUAAGUAUGACUAA